AUGGCUUCCGAACUGGAACUUUCCAGUGGGUUUAUUCCUGCACUAUAUAAGCCCACAACCUUAUUGCCAAUUGCCCGACACAAGCAAAGCCUAUUAUAUCUGGUAGAGACUUACCAGGUCACGAUUGUCGUUGGUCAGACUGGUAGUGGAAAAACAACACAACUCCCACAAUACCUUGACCAAGGCGGCUGGUGUGAAAAUGGCAAGGCUAUUGCUAUUACGCAACCUCGGCGGGUGGCUGCCACUACUGUUGCGACGCGAGUGGCAGAAGAGAUGCGCUGCAAAAUUGGCGAAGAUGUGGGAUACUCCAUUCGGUUCGAAGAUGUUACCUCGGCCGCGACGAGGAUCAAAUUCUUGACAGACGGAAUGCUUCUACGAGAGGCGCUGGUUGAUCCGUUGCUCUCCCGGUAUUCUGUGAUCAUGGUUGACGAGGCCCAUGAACGAUCCCUAAGCACCGAUGUUCUGCUCGGAAUUCUCAAGAAAAUCAUGAAGAAAAGACGAGAGCUGCGCAUAAUUAUCAGCAGCGCGACCUUACAAGCAGAGGAUUUCCUCCAAUUUUUUGCCGCAGAUGAGUAUAAGCCCGAUGCUGAGCCAGCCGAACGAGGUGGUCAGGUGGGAAGAAUCAUCAGCCUGGAAGGACGGAUGUACCCGGUCGAUACACUUUUUCUGGAAAAUCCUGCUGAAGACUAUGUCGAACGAGCAGCGAAAACAGUCUUUGAUAUUCACACUCAAGAAGCCGAAGGCGACAUACUUCUUUUCUUGACUGGCCGUGAAGAGAUCGACCGUGCUAUCCAAUUGAUCACUGAACGUGCCGCAUACCUCAAUCCAAAGGCACAGUCGCUAUUGACUCUCCCACUCUAUGCUGGUCUUACUACGGAUCAGCAGAUGUAUGUCUUUGAGCCUGCGCCGGAGAAUACUCGAAAAGUCAUUGUGUCAACCAACAUUGCGGAAGCAUCAGUCACAAUUGACGGUAUCGUUUAUGUGAUUGACUGUGGUUAUGCCAAGUUGCGAGCCUACAAUCCCAAUACUGGCAUUGAAACAUUGACGGCGGUGCCUAUAUCCAAGGCCUCAGCCACCCAACGCGCUGGCCGUGCCGGUCGAACUAAGCCCGGAAAGUGCUUUCGGUUGUACACGCAACAAACGUACGAGCAGCUUCCCGAGGCCACAAUCCCGGAAAUUCAGCGUUCGAACCUUGCUCCAAUUGUUAUGCAGCUCAAAGCGCUAGGUAUUGACAACAUUGUCCGCUUUGACUUUCUGACGUCGCCCCCGGCUGAGCUUGUGAUCCGUGCCUUCGAACUUUUAUAUUCCCUUGGGGCGGUCGACGACUACGCCAAACUCACCAAGCCAUUGGGAACACGAAUGGCCGAGCUUGCCGUUGACCCAAUGAUGGCGAAAGUGCUUCUAGCUGCACCCACUUUCCAGUGUUUGAGUGAGGUGCUCUCCAUUGCGGCCAUGGUCAGUCUCCAGGGGACUGUGUGGGUGCAGCACGAUGGUGACAAAAAGGGUGCUGAGAGUCACCGCCGCAAAUUUGCCGUUGAAGAAGGCGAUCAUCUCACUUAUCUGAAUGUUUACCAAGGCUUCGUCACUAAGGGCAAGAAAGAUUCCAAAUGGUGCCGCGACAAUCUGCUGAAUUACCGGGCCCUUCUGCGCGCCGUCAGUAUUCGGGGUCAGCUCAAACGAUACUUGGAGCGCUUCGGUAUUCAAGUUGAUGAGAGCCUUUCAUCGCGACCCGGCGGUGCUGGCAGAACAACGACAUCGGAGCAGAUUCAACGAUGUCUGACUACAGGUUACUUUGCACAUGCAGCGAAGAUGCAACCCGACGGCACCUUCAAGACGGUCAGCGGUGGACUGACGCUUCAUGCUCAUCCGAGCUCAUUAAUGUUUAAUCGCAAAGCGGAUUGGGUCAUCUUUCACGAAAUCAUGCAGACCGGAGACAAGACGUACAUUCGCGACAUUUCCAAGAUCGAAAAGAGCUAUCUCCUCGAAUAUGCCCCGGAAUACUAUCGAGUAUCCUGA